CUUAUUAUUAUACACCCUUUCCCUACCCUCUAUUGUAAACAAUAUUUUCUUUUUCUUUUAUUUUAUUUUUUAAUGAAGUAAAGCUGUGAUUUUAGCAAUGUCAAGGCAUUCAAAAAAAGAAAAUAGGGUAGAAAGUGGAUUUGUAGAGGUUAAAAGCAAGUUUGAUGCUGAAUUCCGUCGUUUUUCUAUUCCUCGCAACUCUAAUACAACCUAUGAAGAUUUUAAAUCCCUGUUAGAGAAGCUCCAUGGUUUGACUGAAAUCCCAUUUUUGAUAUCUUAUACGGAUCCGAGGGAUGGAGAUUUACUCCCUAUCAACAAUAAGGAAAAUUUAUCUAGGGCAUUACAAAAUGCUAAACCUCUUCUAAGAGUUAUAAUACAGAGAAAAGGUGAAAGUUUGGAGGAGCUGAAUGGUUAUGGGACAUUUAAACAUAAAAAUAUAAUCUCAAGUCUUUUAGGAACUCCAGGGAAAAAUAAAGGUCUUGCUAUAUCCAAUCCACAUGACUUCAGACAGGUUUCUUCUAUAAUUGAUGUGGAUGUUGUUCCUGAGACUUGCAGACGAGUCCGACUGGUGAAACAUGGGAGUGAGCGACCACUAGGAUUUUAUAUUCGAGAUGGAGCAUCUUUUAGAAUCACUCCUCAGGGUGUAGAAAAUGUCCCAGGUAUCUUUAUAUCUCGUUUGGUUCCUGGAGGUCUUGCUGAGAGCACAGGGCUGCUUGCUGUGAAUGAUGAAGUUUUAGAGGUUAAUGGCAUUGAAGUAGCCGGAAAAACCUUGGACCAGGUAACUGAUAUGAUGGUUGCUAACUCUUGGAACCUUAUCAUCACUGUGAAACCAGCUAAUCAGAGGAGCCAUAGUGGUAGCAACAGUACAAGUGCCACCUUACGUAGAGAGAGUGUGGCAGGUAGUGGUGGUGGGGGAGAUUCAAGUGGAGAGGAAGAUAUUGUUGCAGACCUCACACAGCACCAUCACACCCAAUAGGUUAAAUGUACAAGUCAUCUUGUUAAAGAAUACGUCCACAGUUAACAGUUCAUACUCUAUUGAACAUUCCAUCCACGAAGCGUGCCUUUAUGAUCAUAUUUAAUUUUGGUUUAUGUUAUAAUUUUAAAUAUUAAAAUUGUAUAUAUAUAUGUAUAUGAGAAUAAUUAUUUGUAGGACUAUAUAUGUAAUAUAGUAUUUUAAUAUAUGUAUAUAUAUUGCUUUUAUUUGUAACCCGAGAUUUUUAGAGUUUAAGAUCUUUUCUAUUUGUCUGUCCUGUUUUUCCUGUGAUAACCUACAUUUGGCUGAAUGAUUCUUCCUCCAAUCGAAUGUUAAUGUUCUUUUUAUUUAUUCUUUGUGGUUUCAAUAUUUACC